CAAAAUUUAAUUUUAAAAUAUUUUUUACUAAUAGGGAUUAAGAUAUAAUUACGGUCAAAGAUGUGCGUUGACAAAUGUGAAAUGUUGACCGUUGCAACUAAAAAAGAACGGAAAAGUACGAAGUAAUAAAUAAAUAAAUAGAAUUAAAAGCAAUCACAAGAAAAGGAAUGAACACGAAAAAGCGACCCGCCGCCGGUCGUUAGUUGCAGAGUCGCUGCUCACACCCCACUAUUCUUUUUACUCCUCACCAUCUCCACAUUCAACGGCUCUACUUCUAAACCCAUUUCUCCGAUCACCAUUAAUCCAUUAUACAUAGUAUCGUAUCAUUCCAUUCUCCACUCUCCAGGAUUACGCCAAUCUUGAGCAGAAAUCAUUAAGAUGAAAAACAACAAUCUUGGGAGCCACACCAAAUUUAUACUUCUCCGCCCUCUCAUUCAGAAACAGGGAGGAGGAUGUUCAGGCCGCGUUUGGCUGCUCACUGCUUUUAUUUCCUUAUUCUCAGGCGCGUUAUUUCUCACCCUCUUCUACGCCCGGGACUACAUCCUGAAACCCUCUGUUCCGGUCGUAUCCUCCACCGUCUCCGUCACCGGCGGCAACCCUCCGAUCCCGAAAUCGGUGGCCAGGGCCCUUGUCUAUUACGCUUCCCAAUCCAACAGCACCGACCGGAUGUCGUACGCCGACAUCAAAUGGAUCUCCGACAUCCUCCGGCAGUGCUCUCCCCCGUGCAAUUUCCUCGUUUUCGGCCUCACCCACGAGACCCUUCUCUGGCAAGCUCUCAACAGCAAUGGCAGAACGGUGUUCAUUGACGAGAACAGAUACUACGCCGCCUACUUCGAGGAGAAAUACCCAGAAAUCGAAGCCUACGACGUUCAGUAUACGACCAGAUUGAGCGAAUUUGAAGCUCUGAUUUCCGCCGUGAAACGGCAGUCUCGGAACGAAUGCCGGCCGGUGCAGAACCUCCUGUUCUCGGAGUGUAAGCUUGGGCUCAAUGAUCUGCCCAACAACUUAUAUGAAGUGGAUUGGGAUGUGAUACUGGUCGACGGGCCACGUGGGUACUGGCCGGAGGCGCCGGGGAGGAUGUCGGCGAUCUUCACCGCCGGCGUCCUUGCCCGGAGCAAAAAGGGCGGGAACCCGAAAACGCAUGUUCUGGUUCAUGAUUAUAACCAGAGGGUGGACAAGAUGGUGAGUGAUGAGUUCUUGUGCAGGGAAAAUCUGGUGAAGUCGGAGGAGAUGAUUGGGCAUUUUGUGGUGGAGAAGAUGGAUUCCAACUGCUUCCAUUUCUGUCGCGCCCACAACUCAACAUAAUCAUCCAUUCUCCACCAUAUGGUCCAUAUCUCAAUUUCUUCUUUAAUCUUUACCAUAAAUUCAAAUGUUUGCUUUUUACGUAGUACUUUUUUGUGGGAAGUGGAAUUGCAAAUGCUAUUGAUACACACAUUUUAUACACAUAAGUAAUAUACAUCCGUCUACAUAAUCAAUCAUUCAGAGGCUCCAUAGUAGACGGAAAAGUAAUAGACAUGUACUCCGUAUAUCAUAUGUGUAACAAAUUGUGUGUAUAACAAGCAUUACAUUAUCCAUUCCGUAUAAAAAAUAGGUGUACAACAAAAAUAAGAUGGUCAAAGACUUGAAGGGAAGACAACCUCUUCUCUAUAUGUUUGUGUAAGCUGAGGUAGAUUAUAACUUUCAUUUUGUUACAACUUUCUUUAAGUGAAAAUACAAGUUUAUAAUCUCUUCCUCAUUGAGUUUAAUUUAUUUGUAAUCGCUAUGUAUCAUAGUUUUUGUCCUAUUUAUAGAGGGGGGAUUUCUUUGUUAAAAGAAAGAUGAACUGCCUGCCAAAGCUAUGUAUUUU